AUGCGUGAGGUGGGCGAGGUGAAAGGGGACUCCGCUGCGGCUGCCGCUGCUGGUUCCAGGGUGUAUGAGGCGAUGGGCAAUGUACAGAAGCAGAUGCUUAUGGAGUACUUAUCGCAGAAUUUGGGAAGUGGCAGUCCAUGGCGGGAUGCUCUCUCGCGAUGUGUGACGGAAGUGGUGCGCCGCAGGGCUCAGAGUGGCGAGUCGCUGGACGUGCAAGAUGUGAUUAACGAAGUGCUGCCUUUUUCACGUUCUGUUAUUCCAACAGAAGUGCGUGAAGGACUCUUUCGCCGCGUUUCAGAGGUAGUUGGUGUGGGAAACUCCCACUGA